AUAAAGUUGAAACUUGUGUGGAAGUACAGAUUGUGCAGAUCGAAGUUUGAUCAUGAUUCCCUGGAGAAAAGUGGUGGCACAAAGGGGAGAUUUUUAAAUAGGAACAAAGGAAAGUCUAAAACAACAAAAGGGAUUUGGUAUUAUGUGGGUUAAAAUCGGCAGAUUUUUUAGCUUUUUGUGUUCAAUCGACUGUACUUAAUUGUCAAUUUAUUUUGAAAUUGAUACUGAUUAUGCUCAUUUGAUAAGAUUUAUGGCUGUUGUUGCUCAGGUAAGCGAUGUGGCCCCUGAGCCUCUUGUGGUUGAUUGCUAGUAAGUUAAUUGAACUUGAUCCAUAACAUUUCGACCUUCAUAUGUUCUUGUAGGUUCCUGGCAAUUUGCAAUUUGACAUUUAUUUACCUGAUCAUUUCUGCACAGAAAUUCAACGUUCAGAUUAAUAGCUAGGUGGAAAACGUUUGAAAAGAAUAUAAACAAGUGUUAUAUAAAAUAUUCUUAGCCUUCAGUCGCCUUGUGGGUUUUGGAGUGAAUGAAUUAAAUUUUACGAUGAAAAAUAUGUGGAAUUCCAGGACCUCUCUGUUAUUUAUCGCUGGAUUGUCUUUUUUGACUGUUCAUUGUGCAAGUUUUUAUGACGGUGAACGACUUCUUGGAGAUUUAUUCCAAAACUACUCAACGGACAUUAGACCAAAUCAAAAUCUGUCGGAAGCAACAAAAGUUUCUGUUCACCCAUUUAUUUUUUCUUUGAACGAUUUCAACGAAGUUUUAGGGGUUAUAUCUAUUGUUGGUGGAUUGUCUCUCAAAUGGCAUGACUUUCGUCUGAACUGGACGCCAAGUAAUUAUGGUGACAUUGAGAUGCUACCCAUUCCUAAGAAAAAGCUUUGGGUUCCAAGCGUGUUUUUGAUUAAUCCUGCGAAUAAGAUGGAAGCGAUAGGGGAUGAUGAUUAUAUAGGAAGAGUAUCUUAUAGUGGCAUAGUGCAGUGGUCACCUGUAGGAUUGUUAAAAUCUCUAUGUAAUGUAAACAUGUACAAUUUCCCCUUUGAUACACAGUCUUGUUUCUUUACAUUUGCUCUCUGGGGUUUUUUGCCAUCUGAAGCUAUUUUGAUGCCUGGAAGUAACAUGUCUACUAUCGAUACAUCUUAUUAUUCUUCCAAUACUUUAUGGGAACUAGAAAACACCGAGAUGAAAUACUCUAAAAUCGUUAAAACUAAAAAUAUAAUUGAACUCCGGAUCAAUUUGAAGAGAAGGGCUCUUUACUUUGUCAUCAAUAUGUUGGCGCCUAUCCUUCUCCUGUCCAUUCUUAACCCUCUGGUUUUUGCCUUACCUGUUGAAAGCGGUGAGCGUGUGUCAUAUGCCAUCACAAUAUUUUUGUCGUUCGCCGUUUUCUUGACUCUAAUCAGCGAAAAUAUGCCAAAGACCUCAGAGCCAAUGUCUUUACUGUCCUACUUUUUGAUUGUGACAAUGACUAUGAGUACGUUGAUAUGCAUUCUUACUGUUGUCACCAUGCGAUUCCACUAUAGAGACUCUAGCUUAAAAGUGUCGAAAACAGCUGCAACUGUUCUGAAGAUUUUGCAACUCAAUUUUUUUCGUAUUCCAUGUAACAUGUGUAAAAGGAAAUCACAGAUUCGAGUAGCUUCCAAAUUAGAUGAUAGAUUUGUACAAAAUGUAAAGGACGGUAAAGUCAAGCCGCUUACUGUCGAACAGGUAGUGGAAGAUACGUGGAAGAUAGUAGCGUCUCAAUACGACCAGGUCUUGAUGUACUAUUUCUUUGUGAUCGUCUUUCUCCAAUGGAUCAUGCUUUUAAUUGUCAUAUCCAUCUGAAAUUGUCCUAAGAACCAAUCACUUGUUUGUCU